CAUCUCAGGUGAGGUUUGCAAUUGUUCAUAAGGAUCGAUGUGUGUGGUAUAGGCGUGGAGCUCAAGAAAUCCUGGAUGCACAUUAAUAAUUAGCUGAGCUGUCCCACGUCAGUUUACGAUUCAUGGUUUUUAAUACUCAUUCACCAUGAAGGUCCUCGUCUUCGUUGCUGUUGCCUGUCUGCUGUCUGGAGCCAAUGGAGCUGGCUUUCUUGACACCCUCAAGGGUCUUGGGACUAGCAUCGGUGACCUCUUCAAAAACCUCUUCAACGAUCUGAAGACUCCACUAGCAAACGUUACCAACGCCUUAGUGGAAAGCCUGAAGACUGCGGGUACACAGCUGCUAGCCACUGGAGCUCAGAGUCUCCUAGGCUCGCUCGCUAAUGUCGGCAAAAGGGAAGUGAGCCUCUUGACUGGAGUCAGCAAGUUCGUCACUGAGGGCAAGUCUGUCGUCGCCAAGCUGUCCGAGACCCUCGGGUCCCUGUACCACUCCGCCAUGACCUCCCUCACCAACAUCGCCCAGAGAAUCUCCAGCAUGGACUUCCUCAAGGAGCCCCUCGACAAGAUCCUGUCUGAGAUCAAGAACGUCGUCAAUCUUCACGACCUUUUCCAGAAUUCCCUUUUGGAGACCCUCAUUAAGAACCCAGGACAGUUCCUCAUUAAGGCUGCCGAGGGUCUUAUCAGCAAACUUGGCAACAAGAGAUCUGCCCUGACCGACACCCUUUCCUCUGUUGGACAGCAGUUCGCCUCCCUCUUCAAGCCAGUUGUUGAUGCCGUCAAGCAGCACGUCUCGACCCUUGGCUCCACUCUCUCCUCCACCGCCACCGCUCUCUUCGGAGCUGUCAAGCCAACCCUUGACCAACUGAGCACCCAGCUCUCCGGACAUGUCCAGGCCCUGAAGGACAGCGCCACUGAGCUUCUCGGACACGGACAGAAUGCCCUGAAGGCUCUCUCUGCUGCUGCUGGAGACAUCAUGACCCAGACCAUGGGAAACAUGAAGCCCACUCUCCAGAAGAUCGUCGACACCGGCAAGGAUGCCGUCAAGACUAUCACCAACACCCUCGGCUCCAACUAAAUGCUUCGACUGUAUGCAUUAAAAACAAAUAAAACAAACAAAAUUUGAUA